AUGGCCCAGGAAGACCUCCUGGAAGAGCUGAGGGCAGAGUUCAGCUGCCCUGUGUGCCUGGACUGGCUGACAGACCCGGUGACCCUGGACUGUGGGUGCCACUACUGUGCCUCCUGCUUCCAGCAGUGCUGGCAGGACCUGCUGGACACCCUCCCCUGUCCUGUCUGCCAGCACCACUGUGCCCACAGGGAGCUGCAGAAGAACAGCCAGCUGAGCGCCCUGGCUGACAUGGUGAAGCAGCUGCCCAGCUCAGGGAGCAAGAGGAAGCAGCAGCAGGAGCAGGAGCAGCCCCUGUGUGAGCAGCACCAGCAGGUGCUCAGCCUGUUCUGUGAGCAGGACCUGCAGCUGGUGUGUGUCCAGUGCAGGGUGUCCUGUGAGCAGCAGGGUCACCCUGUCACUCCCACUGAGGAGGCUGCUGCUCAGCACAGGAAGAAACUCAGAUUCCACCUGCAGACCCUGAAGAAGCAACAAGAAUAUAUUCAGAAGGAGUUGCAUAUGGUAGACAAAGAAAAACGUGAAUUGAGAGAGAGGGUCAAAAGUCAAAGAACUCUAAUACAACGGGAGUUCAAGAAUUAUAAAAGAUUCCUGAGAGAGAAUAAGCAAGCCCUUGAGAGUUCACUACUAGGAGAAAUAAGAAGUGUUACCCAAAAGAUCACUGAGAACAGAGAUCAGCUGUCAGCGGUAGGCUCCUCAGUGAAGACUCUGCUGAGGGAUCUCAAAGACACGUCUGUGCAGACAGACCUGGACUUCCUGAUGAGGCUCAGAGGACUCCAGCAACAACUGAUAAAGUAUAAAGAGCAGGAGGUCCCAGAUAUCUUAUACUGCACGUGCAAGGAGGAGAUCCCCAAGUUGCCCUCACAUUACCUUGGUCUGCAUGAUGUCAGCAAGUUUCAGGUGGAUUUGACACUAGACCCCGAGACUGCUAGCACAAUCUCAUCAUCAGUGAAGAUAGGAAGAAGAUUCUGUUUGGUGGUGUUUUAA